ACGGCGUGUUCCUGGUGCGGCAGAGCGAGACGCGCCGCGGCGAGUACGUGCUCACCUUCAACUUCCAGGGCAGAGCCAAGCACCUGAGGCUGGCGCUGACGGAGCGGGGCCAGUGCCGGGUGCAGCACCUGCGCUUCUCCUCCAUCGUGGAGAUGCUGCAGCACUUCCACCGCUACCCCAUCCCGCUGGAGUGCGGCUCCGCCUGCGACGUGCGGCUCUCCAGCUACGUCGUGGUGCUGCCACAGGCACAAGCUCCCGGCUCCAGCACCACGGUCCCUCUCCCCCUGCCCUUCCCAGGCUGGAGCCUACCUGUUUCUUCCUUCUGGUUAGGGAUUAUUAUUGUAAUUUUUUUUUUUUUUUUUGCAAGGAAGGGGGUAAUUUUUCACUCCUGUACGGGUGUGCUCCCUCUCGUUGGCCUGUUGAAGGGCCUCUUAUUGUUGUUUUUUUGUUGUUCUUACGGAAGCUUUCUCGUUACUGUUUACACAAUGCCACUUGUGCCUGCCCUGGGCCCGGUGUCCUGCCUGUCCCUGACACACCAGAGCCCAGCCAAGGAACCAGGGGCUUGUGUUCCACCCACGGAAUUGGAGGAAGUUAAAAAAAAA